GCAGAGGCAGCUUUCACUGUAUAACAAGCAGGAUGCUCUUUUCGGCUCAGCACGUUAUUCUUUACAUUUUAAUUUUGAUGUCUCAAUUUGUAGCUUUCUUUGGGGACUUAAGAAUGAAUCCAAGAAUCAACAAAAAGGGUACAAAUUCUUCCUUUAUGCUACUCAGGAAGGAGCCCUAUCCUGUCUUUUACCUCUCAUCUCCAAACUCACUCUAUGUUGGAGGCAAGGAAAACCUUUUUCACUUUAAUUUCAGUCAUGCCACAAACAAUACGUUUCCAAUACCAGCUGACCAUCAUGACUGCCAAAAAGAGAAAGACUGUUACAAUUAUGUGACACUUGUGGGGCACUUAGAAGGAAAGCUUCUUGUCUGUGGGACCAAUUCAUAUAACCCAGGCUGUUGGUAUCUGGAUGAAAAAACAUUCACAAAAAACAAUGAUCUUGCUGAAGAAUUCUCCCCUGAAAAACCAGGGACAAAUUUUAAUAUACUCAUUACAGGGAAUGAGACAUAUUCUACAAUUGUCCACCAGACAAACAACGGACGGACAAUGCAACCAAAGUUCAAAAAAAUUCAUGGCAGUAAACCACUAUUAUGCACAGGAGACAAGCUAGUGAAAAACCCUCACUAUGUAAAGGCUCUGUUGGUGGAGAAGGAGGACAGAGACCAGGAUAAGAUUCUGCUGUUUUUCAGAGAGGACAACAAGGAGAGCCAAAUAACAGAACCCAGAGUUUCUAUGGUGGCACAGCUGUGCAAGGGGGAUCAAGGAGUUGAUAGCUCUAUAAACCCAUAUGAAUUUGGCACAGCAAUGAAGUCCCGCCUAUUGUGUGGAAAUGAAAAGACCUUGCAAUUCUAUCCUACACUCCAAGACGUCUUCCUGCUGAAAAGCAAGGAAGGGACUCGCAUAUAUGGCCUCUUUACCAGUGCAUGGAAUCAUAGUGCUGUUUGUUCAUAUAAGUUGGAAGACAUUGAGAACAUCUUCAGUACCUCUGGUCUCCUGAACUAUCAGGGUAUUUGGCCCAUGACCACAAACGGGUGCCCGAAAAAUAGGGCCAAGACACCCGAGGGCACUUACAAAGUGCUAUCAGAACACCCUGAGCUGAAAGAUAAAGUGAAGCCUAAAGGACAGAAUGCAUUAUUUCAGAUUCCCAGCCACUACACCAAGAUGGUUGUGGAUGAAGUGACAUACAAUUCAGAGACUUACAUAGUUAUCAUUCUGGCUUCAGGUGACGGAGCAGUACAUAAGUUUGUACAGAUAAAAAAUGAUUUAGUCAAUGUACUUGGGUUACAUCCCUUCAAAAAGCCAGAGGAGAUUCAGUACAUGGAGCUGGAACCCAAAGAGCAUGCCCUGUAUGUGGGUACCACCCAAGAAGUGGCCAAAAUACGCUUAGAUGACUGUAAAGUUUACAACUCAAACUGUGAGGAAUGUGUCUGUUCUCGCGAUCCUUACUGUGGCUGGACUGAGUCAGGAGGAUGCCAGUCAAUCUUCUACCAGAGCACCAGUAUGAUCCGUGAUAUCGUACACAGAAAUACCUCUAAGUGUCCGCAGGAUGUACCUUUGGCACAGUCUCGCAAGGUGGGUAAAAUCAUUAAAGAACAGACACUCCCUGAAUGGAAUUAUACCCUAAAAUGUCAUCAACUUUCACAACAUGCCUCUUACUCGUGGCAAUAUAAUGACAAUCACAUGAUGGACUGCACACACCAUGAUGUUUCCUGCACAUUGCUUCUUGGACAAGAAGUCAAAGAUGGGAUAUACCAGUGCUUGGAGAAGGAGGAUGGGAAAGAGCGCAUUGUGUAUGAAUAUCAGAUGCAGAGAAACAACAGCAGUAUCAGAAUUCCUCCUGGCUACCCUCUACUACUGCUUAUGGCCCUUGUAUGGCAUCUGUAUUAUUGUGUAGAGACAAGUCAUUUACAUCUCUGAUCUAUAGAAAAACAGCAGAUUUAAGAAGGAAAGAAAGGCAAAACAAACAGAAAGGGGAAUAUUGUACAGAGUGUGAACUGCAUGUGAUUGGGGAAGUGAGAGUGACAAGUGAAAAGCGCUUGAGUGAACAGCAGGAAGGUUGGGGAAUUUAAAAAAAGCAGUCCUAGAUCUGACUGUGUAUUGCAAGCUAGCUUAGCCUAGCUUCUGUGUAUUGGAUAUUAAGGGCCAGGUUACAAGUGGAGCGCUAAAUUAUUGCGCACCUGCAAACAGCCAAAUUUGCCCGUUUGCAUGUGUGCAAUAAAUAACCAGCCAUUUAAGUGGCUGGUUAUUGGUACCACAAGCUUGCGGUAGCAAUUAGCACUUAGAAAAUUAACCAGAGAUUAGAUCUCUGGUUAAUUUUCUAACGGUGCCCCAAAUGCCCUCAAAUAUUAUAGUUUUUUAUUAAAAAAACUGCACUAGGCAGUUUUGGGGCUUUAAAGUUGGCGGGUGUGGGGUUUUAGAAGAACAACAGCACUAAAAAGUGUGGUCUAGGGGAACUGUGUGAUCCCAGUAAAUAUCUAUCUAUCUAUAUCUAUAUCUAUCUAUAUAGCUGCACUUAGUCUUAUGGCGCGGUCGGGCCGGGCUGUGACUAUACAGCUGGCCCGAUGCGCUGUGUAAAAAAAGCAGACCCGCUCAGCAGAGCGCAGAGAGCGGGUCUGUAAAAUGGCGUUUUUUGUUAAAAAUGAAAAGGGAAUAUUAUAUAACAUUAAUUUUAAGGUUUACUGUCCAUUUAACAAGAUUCCCAUUGGAGUGCACUCUAUUCUUCUAAUUAUACAUUGUUUUGCUGCACUCUGGCCUGCUGACUAUUUGCGUCUGGCGUGCAUUUUUACCUUGGAUUUAUAUAUAUAUAUAUAUAUAUAUAUAUGCUUAUAUACAUAAAUAUUUAUUUCUGACUGCAUCAGAAUGAGGUUCCCAUUGGAGCCUAUGGAAGCGCACUCUUGUAAGCGCAAUGCUUCCUAGCAGUACGACGUGAGCUUGUGUACGGAUUGCACUUUACUUGAAAUACCAGCACACAUUAGCGUGCACACAAGCUAUAUUUAGUGCUCCACUUGUAAUCUAGCCCUAAAUGUCUAUCUGCUUGAGUUGCACAACAUUUUCUACACAUAAAGUACUGAUCAGUGCUCUUUACAAACUAAUGGCUAUGUAAGAUUAAGGAUUGUGCUAUAAUAUGUACAUGAAAUUAACCAUAUGUAAAUGUAUGUUUGCUAGAAAUCCAUAACUUGUAGCACUAUUGCAUAUUGAUGGUUCUAUUCAAAAAAAUUAUGAUGGCAAUUCAAUGGCAUUAUAAAUGCUGAUCCCGGACAGAUAUUUUCCGAAUUGUUCAUUGCAUGAGAGACAGACUGGCAAGUGCUAUUCAUCAGUAACUGUGAAAUAUUGAAGGUGAUACCUUGUAGAUCCUGUAAACAUGUUUUGUUUUUUAAAUUUAUUUUAGUUUUUAGUUUUACUACAUAUAUUAAAAAAAAAAAACAGAAAUAAAUCUUCUGAACCAUUAUUAUGAACUAGUCUUACGGUAAAAAAAAAAAAAUUUAGUUUAUUGUUGCCUUGACAAAAAAAUCUGUAAAACUUUUAAUAUUUAUGUGUACAGUGUUUAGAUGAAGCAGUUAUUUUUCCUUUUCUAAAAAUUUUUUAAAAAGUGGUCACAUAUAACAUGAAAUUCUCAUUUUGUGAGUGUUAGGAUUAAAUUCCAGACUAUUUCUGAUAUAUAUAUAUAUAUACACACACACACACACAUAUAUACAUAUAUGUAAUGGGUAAAGUCAGAUAUUGGUAAUCCUGACAUUACCCAGUGGCUGUGGGUAAAGCCCAAUGUAAGAUCAUACAUUGGGCGUUACCCGGGUAAUGCUAGUAUUACCCAAACACUUCUGGCUAAAGCUAAUAUUUCAUAUGUUUGGUUUGUUACAUAAAAUAUUAAACAUUUUACACACCUACAGGAAUUUAAACAUCUGGAUAAAGCUAAUAAAAUCAUACAUUUGGGCUUUACCAGGGGAAAUGCUAGGAAAACACACAAACAGGAAAUUAAAGACUUUUAAGGAAAUGAAAGAUGUUUAUUUUUCAUAUGUUUUGUACCAUGUUUUGUUACACCAACAGUAAAUUAAAGAUGUUUAUUUUUCAUA